UAAACUCGGACUGAUAGAUGGAGAGAUGGGAGCAGGUUUUUUCCGCUGAUGUGUGCAUCAGUUAACGGGGUUGAGCCAUAUAUAUAUUUAUACUCAGUGAUGAGGCGUCAGAGUGGAGACAACACCUCGCUGCUGCACCCGCUCUAACGUACCGACUCUGCUCUGAGCACCAGCCACCAUGGAAGCUGCCAUCUCCACCCUGGUCACACAGUUCAAGACCUUCGCCGGCAAAGACGGGUCCGGCAGCACCUUGAGCAGAGACGAGUUCCACAGCCUGGUGACCUCUCAGCUCCCCAACUACGUCAAGAACGCCAGCGACCCUGGAGAGAUAGACCGGCUCAUGGGCUCCCUGGAUCAAAACAACGACGGGGAGCUGACUUUCACGGAGUUCUGGGCCCUGGUCGGAAAACUGGCUUGUAAACAGGCCGGCUUCAGCCACUAGACGCCUCUCAUAUGUCAGCAGUGGCUUUAAGCAGACUGCAGCACUAAUCAGUUUAUUGUGUUGUCUUAAUUGAUCAGCUGUGAACUGAAAGCCAUUCAAGUCUUUAGCGCUUAUUUAUGUCUUCAAUUAACCAUUUAUUGGAUGCUUUGAAUUAAAGGCUUUAUUGACAUGAA